AUGUUGUGUUGUGGGGGUGCAGAGGAGGAAAAUGUCACCGGUCCACCGGCAAACAAUUACACCGCUCCUCCUAGAGCUGGUAACCCUUAUGGUGGCGGUGCCGGUGGAGGCAGUGAAAGAUCAGGAGAUCCAAGAGGGGUUAGUGCAGUAAGAGGUGGAGCUCCCCAGAAAGUGUUACCCAUUGAGACACCAGCUUUGUCUUUGGAUGAGCUAGAUAGGUUGACUGGCAAAUUCGGAAACAAAGCUUUGAUAGGAGAAGGUUCUUAUGGAAGGGUAUAUAUGGCUACUUUGAGCAGUGGGCAGACUGUAGCAAUCAAAAAGUUGGAUACAGGUACUUCACCAGAGCCAGAUUCCGAUUUCGCAGCCCAGCUAUCUACGGUUUCAAGGCUUAAACAUGAGCAUUUUGUCGGGUUGCUCGGGUAUUGCCUAGAAGGAAACAAUAGAAUCUUGGCAUAUGAGUAUGCAACGAUGGGUUCUUUACAUGAUGUACUACAUGGUCGGAAAGGUGUACAGGGAGCCGAACCUGGUCCAGUCCUCAACUGGAAUCAGCGAGUUAAGAUUGCAUAUGGUGCAGCAAAAGGACUGGAGUAUCUGCACGAGAAGGUUCAACCACCUAUUGUUCACCGCGAUGUAAGAUCCAGCAAUGUGCUUCUGUUUGAUGAUUUUGUGUCCAAAAUUGCCGAUUUCAACUUGGGGAACCAGUCAUCCGAUACUGCUGCCCGGCUGCAUUCAACAAGAGUCUUGGGUACAUUUGGUUAUCAUGCUCCAGAAUAUGCCAUGACAGGACAGAUUACACAAAAGAGUGAUGUUUACAGUUUUGGAGUUGUUCUUCUGGAGCUUCUAACGGGGAGGAAACCAGUCGACCACACGAUGCCCAAAGGACAGCAGAGUUUGGUCACUUGGGCAACACCAAGAUUGAGUGAAGACAAGGUGAAACAAUGUGUGGAUCCGAAACUAAAUAACCAAUACCCACCAAAGGCUAUUGCCAAGAUGGCAGCUGUUGCAGCUCUUUGUGUGCAGUAUGAGGCGGAUUUCAGGCCGAACAUGACAAUUGUUGUCAAGGCUUUGCAGCCACUUCUUAACUCAAAACCUGCAGCCCCCGAAUCUCAAGCGUAA